CUCGGAAAACCAAAUUUUCUAAAAAUGGCGUCAAACACUGGAGAAAAGAGAAGUCUGAGAAGAAAAUCUAUUUCGGACGACGAAACUGAAGAAACAACUAAAAGAUGGAAAAAGGCUUUCAGGAUUUUUUCGAAUCACAGAAGGGAAAAGCUGUCAAUGAAGAGAACAAUGCUUGUUCAUUGGGAGGACUUAAGUGAAGGUUUCCUUGUGAGAGAGACGGAGGAGGUAGUGUUUACAGCUCUGGCCGGGGAGGGAAUGAUGUACUACUCCAGGGAUGUGUUUGAUGACUGGUUCUAUUUCAGUCCAGUGGAAAGGAGAGAUUAUGACUGGUAUCAAAAGAAUACAGACACAGAUUUACUAACGGAUGAGAGAGUGAUGACAGAUAUUCAUCAUUUGACAAUGGCAUAUAAAGCAGCGCAACUAGCGGACAUCCCAGAAUCUUCACAGAGCAUGCUGGAUCUGCAUUCACCCAAUCAAACAGAAGAUUCUACAGUGCAUCCCUCUGCCAUUGCAGAUCUUUACUGGGAGGCCCGAGCGCAGGGCUUUCAGGAUCUGAGAGGGAAACUGUUUACUGCAGCUUUCCUUAGGAUGUUGUUCACAGGAAUAGACGAUGUUAAUGUAACUUACUCCACCUCAGGAUCCGAUACUUUCCUGGAUCGGUGUGGGUACAUCUUGAAAGGCCCCACAGAAGAACAGCCUAACUCUUGUGAUGUUGAUCAAUACAAAAUGAACACAGACUUAAGUUCUAAAGAGAAAUACAAGAUGUUGUUAAAAAGUCAGAACACAGUUGCAUUUGACUUGAAGAAAACUUCUCGGAAAGUGACACCAGAUGUUUCUGUUACUAUCGGGAAUACUGUAGUUUUGAUAGCUGAUGUGGCUAGUGUUUUUGAACUUGAAAGCAGGAAAUUACAGGAACUUCAUCUUAAAAUGCUGUUAAGCCUUGACAAGUGUGGAACUCUGUUUGGUUUGUUAGUACAAGGACUACAGAUUUAUCUUGUAGAAUACACAUAUGAACAUAAAAGUGGUUACAGAAGAUUUAUCAGUCAAAAAGCAUUCAAAUACACAAGGAAAGAUAUUGAACUUCUAUAUUGCUACUUACAGAAGCAAGUGAUAGAUAAAUGGUGUGAUAGAAACUAACUUUGAUGAUUGAAAAAGACACUUUGCUACAAAAAUACUAUAUCGACUUUUCAUUUGAAAGUGAUCAGCACUUUUCAGUCUUCAUGUACAGUCAAUAAAAAAGUUUUAGUUUGCAUAUGCUCUUCUAAGUUUCUAUGUAAACCAAUGAUGGAAUAUAUGUUUAUGUUAAAAACAUGUUUUUUAAAAGUUAGGUUUUGUAGAUAAGCUGUCUUUCUGUGUUAUUUUUAAUUCAACUCCUAUAAAUAAAAUAUUGAAGUAUU